CUUCAGAAGAUCAUAAGUAAAGAGGAUGACUUGAAGACAAUAACUAAUGAAAUAAAAUGCCAGGAACCAAAAGUGAAAGAACCUGAAAUUAACACAACCCUUCAGAUACGUUUCUUUGGAAAAAGAGGAGAAAGAAAACUUCAUUAUAGAGAAUUUCGAAGGUUUAUGGAGAAUCUACAGACGGAGGUCCAAGAAAUGGAAUUCCUGCAGUUCUCUAAAGGUUUGAGUUUCAUGAGGAAAGAAGACUUUGCAGAGUGGCUCCUUUUUUUCACUAACACUGAAAAUAAAGACAUUUAUUGGAAAAACGUGAGAGAGAAGUUGUCAGCAGGAGAGAGCAUUAGUUUGGAUGAGUUCAAAUCAUUUUGUCAUUUUACAACCCACUUGGAAGACUUCUCUAUUGCCAUGCAGAUGUUUAAUUUAGCUCAUCGCCCUGUCAGACUAGCAGAGUUUAAGAGAGCUGUGAAAGUAGCUACAGGACAGGAGCUCUCAAACAAUAUUUUGGACACUGUCUUCAAGAUCUUUGAUUUGGAUGGUGAUGAAUGUCUUAGUCAUGGAGAGUUUCUUGGAGUGUUAAAAAACAGGAUGCACCGAGGUUUAUGGGUACCACAACAACUAAGUGUUCAGGAAUACUGGAAAUGUGUGAAAAAAGAAAGCAUUAAAGGAGUAAAAGAAGUUUGGAAACAAGCUGGAAAAGGUCUUUUUUAGGAAAAGAUCAUGUGGGAAUUUUGCUGUGAAUGUCAGAAUUUGGAUUUUUUUUAAAUACCAGAUGUUUAUCUUUUUAAGUCUUCAUUGAUUUCCUUUGUAAUAUAAAGACACCUUUUUUUGCUUAUGAUUCAGUAAUUUCUUAAGAUCUCAUUAACAAACUUUGUAAAAAGAAAGCAUACUUUUAA